ACGAAGGCGAUAAAGGGUCAGAUCUAGCCCGACCGAACCGACGGAGAGGGAAAACUAGAUGCCGGCGGCCACGGGCAUCAUCGGUUCCCUCAGCUUUUCCACCUCCCUUGGCCCUCCCGCCAGGACCAUGAUGCUGCCGCGAAUCCGGCGCGGACGCGGAACUCCGUCGAAGGGGAUUUACGGGCGGUUCGAGCGGCCGCUGGAGGAGGUGUACAACGUGCGGGUGGAGCGCAGGGUGUCCAAGGAGCGGCUGGAGGAGCUGAGCGUCGAGCGGUGGUCGACGUGGAAGACCGGCCGCUGCUGCCUACCCUGGGACUGGCACGUCGACCAGCAGGUCUACAUCGUCUCCGGCGAGGUCCGCGUUGUUCCGGAGGGCGCCAAGUCCGGCGACCGCUUCAUGCGCUUCGUUGCCGGCGACCUCGUCCGCUAUCCCAAGUGGUUCGAGGCCGACCUCUUCUUCGACGGGCCCUACGAGGAGCGCUACCGAUUCCGUGCCUACGGUGAUGAUUGAUCCCCAUUCCCGCUACUGAAUGACUUCCGCCCUUCCCUUCUUGAGCAAGAAAAGCAAAGAUAAAUUCAGCUGAGUCAGCAAAAUUGUAGCAGAGAAGUCUCAAUGACUUGUACCACUCACCAUGUUGAAUCCAUGCUUUGAUGUUGGAGCAAGGGGAGCAGAAGAAGAGACCCAAACAAAAUGUCAGCAACAAGAGUUUUUGCUUAACCAGCGCAUGUGUUUUUAUGUGUAAUGUGCUAAAUAUCUGUCAUCUGUAUCUUUUGGAAUUUCGGAGUUAUUAUCCUACACUGGACAAAAUAUAAUAAUAUUCACAUCUAGUUUGCCAAUACU